AGUCUUAACUGCAAGAAUCUCAACUCGACGUGCGACUACAUAAACAUACGUUUGAACGUAUUUCCUCAUCUCUCUCUACAGUUUUAAUCCAAUGAAUCUGUUGGAACUACAAUUACCAAGUCGAGCUGAAGUGAAAACGAGGCGGCGUAAACACAACUAUAGGAAACAUGAAACGAUCGGGUGAUAGUGAGAGCGAGAAGAGAAGAAAGAGGCGCAGACUGCUGCAGGAGCUAGGAGACCAACGUAUCCCUUACCUUGGACCUUCAGAUCAUGGCUUCCAAAAGCUGUGGGAGUCCAGCUACUCUGGUCUGGCUUUGCGGCGGUCCUGCUCACUGCCUGAGGAGCUCCAUGCUCGGGUGGAAGCCGCUCUGCUCACCCUGCGGCGGAAAGGUUGUUUCCUGAGGGACUUGGUCCGGGUCAGAGAUCGCGAUGUCUUCACCGCCGUGUCCCGGGUGCUGCUUGGUCAACCUGGAACCACCUAUCGCUAUCUGGACACGCGUCUUUUCACCAUCCCCUGGCACACGGAAGACCAGAGGUCAACCUGCUGCGACCCCGACCUCAGUGCUGCCUGCAAAGCACUCUGGGAGCUCAACUGUUUCUUCUGUUCUGAUGUGGGACUAAGGAAGGAGGAGGAUAUAUUCCAGCAGUGCAGAAAAGAGUUGGCGGGUGCUACAGAAUCUAAACUGAGUGUAGAAGGAGACACAGAGUCUAAAGAUAGUGAGGAGUCCAAAGCCAGUGAAGGAGACUCAGAGUCCAAGCAGAGUGAGGAAGGAGAGACUGAGUCCAAGCACAGUGAGGACUGGGACAUAGAGUCAAGACACAGUGAAGAAGAAGGCCCAUCACAUAAACAGGAUGUAGUGUUGGAGACCGAGUCAAGAAACAGUGAAGAAGAAGGCCCAUCACAUAAACAGGAUGUAGUGUUGGAGACACAGUCAAGACACAGUGAAGAAGAAGGCCAGUCACAUCAACAGGAUACAGUGCUGGAGAAAGAGUCAAGUGAAAGGAUGAGAGACCUGGAAUCAAAACAAAUUGAAGGUGGGUGUCCAACCGGGUCAAAACAACACAGUGAUGAAAAAGACCCAGGCUGGGAGCACCAACCAGCAGUUGAGAGCUCAGAAACAACAACUACAGACCCAAGCUCCCUGGAGAAGCCUGUGGCAGAACCGAAAAGCACUCUCUCUGGGUACCACGUCAAAGAGGAAGAUGAGGAGGAUGAAGACAAACGGAGUGGCAAGGGAUGCUCUUACCCCAACCCAUCCAGUAAGUCCUGUCCACACCCAGCCCAGUUUAACGUCACCCUGCUCAACUAUAUGGACCCAGCAUCUAUGAGCCAGCUGAAGGAAGAGCCAUAUUAUGGGAUGGGCAAGAUGGCCGUAGGCUGGCACCAUGAUGAGAACCUGGUUAGCCUAUCCCCUGUGGCUGUCUACAGCUACAGCUGCCAUGACAACGACAAAGGUGUGAGCUCUGAGGAGACUCCUGGGGAGAAGCGCUGCUGGAGGAUUGGUCUGAAGGUGGCCUGGGACAUCCACACCCCUGGUUUGACCCUACCACUGCAGUCCGGAGACUGCUACUACAUGAGAGAUGAUCUGAACAGGACACAUCAGCACUGUGUCCUGGCUGGAGACUCAGCACGCUUCAGCUCUACUCACAGAGUGGCAGAGUGUUCCACAGGGACCCUUGACUACAUUCAGUCCCGCAUUCGGGAGGCCCUGACCAACCUGAGGACAGACCCAGACAGCGGUGCCCCCAGCCUGCUGUCUCUGCUGCCAGCUGACAUGCAAUGCUACGAGGAGAUACACAACGAGGUGGAGUUUGAGUGGCUGAGGCAGUACUGGUUCCAGGGACAGCGCUACACUCGCUUCUGCAGCUGGUGGAGCAGACCCAUGGAGCAGCUGGAGAACGACUGGAGGAAACUGGAGCUCAUGACCCAACUCUUUCUGGCAGCGGUGGAGGACGAGGGACAAGAGCAGGAGGGCAGGAGAGAGAUGGCAGAGACCCUGCUAACUGCCCUGACUGACAGACAGCAGCACAGACAGACCUGGAGAGACAGGUGUCACUCCAGCCUUGCCCAGACUCUCCCCCCAGAGGAAGCCCCCGUGGACCGACCGUUCUGGGCAGCCGACGACCCCAGCAUGCCGCUGCCCUUUGACCUAGCUGACAUCAUCAACCGGGUGGAGUCACUCCUCUGGAGGAUGUGAAGAAUGGGGAACCAAGUAAAGAAGGAGAGAGAAGGAGACAGAAAAAGAGAAAAGAGAGUCCCCCCCCCCCCACCCCUGAACCCCCCAGCCGUGUUGAAGACUAUAAAGGCCUUCCAGUUCCACCCUCUGUCAAGAUGCUUCAAUGGGGGCUUCUCCAUCCUAUCCCAGUCAACACAAACCCUGCCUACCACCCAAACCCUCUCCUCCAACCCACCCGGCCCUACCCCAGCCAACCAAAACCAUGUCCUUCACCUUACCCUGCCCCCGAACCCUGUCCGUCACUCAACCCAGUUCACGACUCUGUCUCCACCCCACCUUGGCCCCCUCCACCAUGCCCCUUACUCAGCCCUGUCCCCCAGCACACCCUGUCCCAUACCCAGUAUUCCCUCUCCAGCUGUCCCAACUGGCUUUGCCUGGAUGGACCCAACAUGGCCUCAACAUAGAGAUACAUCCCUGAAUAGUGCUUUGCUAACAUGCUAUAGCUGGCAUAGGAACUAGUCUCACUAUGGCCAAACAGUCAGCAUAACCUGCAGAAUUAGCACUGAAUGUGUAGGUAUUUCUUAUUGCAAUGAAUUGUAUGUUUUUUUAAUAUUUAACCAGCUUUGUGUAUAUACAGUAUAUGACUAAUAGUCAUAGUACAUGUAUACUUUCUGUUUCUAAUUCAUGCUGUUCUAAUGGCGUAACGAUAUUGUGUUAUUCUGUUCUAAUGUCCAUUUACUAACUGCACUUCAUUUAACUAUUUCGUAAUUUUCCAGUUCUUAAUCUCACAAAGUAUGGAUUGUAAUACCAAAGAUAGAUUAUGUCACCAUGAUAUGAUAGAAAGUGUUUCUCUGAAUAAUAUUUUGCCAAAACAAAGGAAAUAUCAACAUUUACAGUGGGUAAAAACCAGACACCAGAGGUAGCUUUAAUGCUCCUUGGGAUGGAUUCUAGAUGUGUCUGGAACUCUUGGAGGGUUGUGAUUAAAUUUUUCCACAUAAAAUAACUUAGGUGUUACUCCAGAAUUUUCCCAAAGUGUUUAUCUGGGAUGAGAUCUGGUGACUGAGAUAACCAUGGCAUAUUGUGAAACAUCAGCUAGUUGAGCAAUUUUCCUCACUGAAACUCCUGCCAAACAUGCCCUAACAAACCACCUCUCUUUCAAAGUCACUGAGAUCUCUUCACGCCAUGUAUCUAAAAAAAUAGGCUCCUUGGCCUGCCCAACCUUUUAUACAUGACCCUGAGCAUGAUGGGAUGUUAAUUCUAGACCUGCUUUCAAUAGACAUUGUAAACCUAGUGAACUUAUGUGUUUAUUUGGUUUUGGUUACCUGUAUUUGUGUGUGUGUGUCUGUGUGCGCCCGUGUGUGUGUGUGUGUGUGUGUCUGUGUGCGCCCGUGUGUGUGUGUGUGUGUGUGCACUUCAUUGCGUGUCAGUAUAUGUACAGUGUUGGUGUGUGGUUGAAUGGGUGUCAGUACAGACUGUAGACACUGUGUGAUAAUGUACUUUACAGGUAUGAUCCACCGUAUGUGUGUAGCAGUAUAAAAGAGAGGGCCUGUCUUUACCCAUGACUAGAAGAUGGUUGUGCUACAUUUAAGUGAAAUGGAGAAUAUCUGGUAGGCCUCUGUGUGAUGGUCUCUGUCUGAAGGCCUCUAACGGAAGGCCUCUGUCUGAAGGCCUCUAACGGAAAGACUCUGUCUGAAGCCCUCUGUCUGAAGGUCUCUGUCGGAAGCCCUCUGUCUGAAGGUCUCUGUCUGAAGGUCUCUGUCUAAAGCCCUCUGUCUGAAGGUCUCUGUCUGAAGGCCUCUAACGGAAAGACUCUGUCUGAAGCCCUCUGUCUGAAGCCCUCUGUCUGAAGCCCUCUGUCGGAAGCCCUCUGUCAGAAGCCCUCUGUCGUAAACCCCUCUGUCUGAAGGUCUCUGUCUGAAGGUCUCUGUCUGAAGCCCUCUAUCGGAAGCCCUCUGUCUGAAGGCCUCUAUCUGAAGGCCUCUGUCUGAAGACCUCUGUCUGAAGGCCUCUGUCUGAAGGCCUCUGUC